AGGCGCACGCGCAGGGCGGGAUCAGCUGGAUUGAAAGCUAUGGCGUGGGUACCUGCCUCGGAGUCGGCGGUGGAAGAGUUGAUGCCCCGGCUGUUGCCGGUGGAGCCUUGCGACUUGACGGAGGGUUUCGAUCCCUCGGUACCCCCAAGGACGCCGCAGGAGUACCUGAGGCGGGUCCAGAUCGAAGCAGCUCAAUGUCCAGAUGUUGUGGUAGCUCAGAUUGACCCAAAGAAGUUGAAAAGGAAGCAGAGUGUGAAUGUUUCCCUUUCAGGAUGCCAGCCUGCCCCUGAAGGUUAUUCCCCAACACUUCAGUGGCAACAGCAACAAGUGUCACAGUUUUCAACUGUUCGACGGAGUGUAAACAAACAUAGAAGUCACUGGAAGUCACAACAGUUGGAUAGUAAUGUGACCAUGCCAAAGUCUGAAGAUGAAGAAGGCUGGAAAAAAUUUUGUCUGGGUGAAAGGUUAUGUGCUGAAGGGGCUGUUGGACCACCUACAAAUGAAAGCCCUGGAAUUGAUUAUGUGCAAAUUGGUUUUCCUCCUUUGCUCAGUAUUGUUAGCAGAAUGAAUCAGGCGACAGUAACUAGUGUCUUGGAAUAUCUGAGUAAUUGGUUUGGAGAAAGAGACUUUACUCCAGAAUUGGGAAGAUGGCUUUAUGCUUUAUUGGCUUGUCUUGAAAAACCUUUAUUACCUGAGGCUCACUCAUUGAUUCGGCAGCUUGCAAGAAGGUGCUCUGAAGUGAGGCUCUUAGUGGACAACAAAGAUGAUGAGAGAGUUCCUGCUUUGAAUUUAUUAAUCUGCUUGGUUAGCAGGUAUUUUGACCAACGUGACUUAGCUGAUGAACCAUCUUGAUGUAGCUGAUCUCAGGGACUGAAGACAUUUCUGAUGAAGGCAGCCUAAAACUGAGGCAGUACAAUGCCAGUUCAAGCACAGAUUGUUUCACAUAUUCAACGCUGUGUGAAGGGUUUGCAUCUUAACCUGUACAACGAAAGUUGACACUCAGAAUAUAGAUUGUAUUAAUUUGAAUGUCUGAAAUAUCUGGAAAAUCCCACUUGGUUUUUGAUUAACAGUUUGAAUAAUUUUCUGCAAUCACGUGUGUUUAUAACAAAUUGAGUGCCAUUCAUUAGUAAAACAGCCUGCAUAAAAAAAAAAAAUGUAUGCUGAGAUUUUUACAGAGGUCAUUGGUGCUCUUUCAUUGUUUGUUUACAUAAUUCAUAAAAUAUCUUGCUGAAAAUAUAUUUUGGUUACUAAAAUUGAUUCUUGAGCAAAAUAAAAGGCAAUGAAUGUACUUGGUUUAAUCUAAAUUAAAUGGCAGAUUUGUUCAUAGUCAACAACAAUAUAUUGUUUCCCAUUUAAACUCAGUACUUUUAUUUUUAAAUUAUUUAUUGUACAAACAAAAUCUUUUCCAACAAAGCAUUUUCAAAAAUUUCUUGUUAAGUCAACUGUUUUGAUUUUAUUGACCAAUCUAUUUAUAUCAGUCAUAACAUAUAUUUCUGUAUCUGGGAUAUUUCCUACAUUAAGUAACACGUAGGGAUUUAUCUCUCUCACAUAGCAAGUCUAGAGGCGAUGAAAACUGGCAUUGAUUCAGUGACUCAGCAAUAUCAAGGUCUCUGAGAUUCCUUCAGCCUUUCCCACAUUAUUACAUGCUGUCCACUGUAAUUCAAAACAGUGUUUCUGUAUUCAAGAGAGGAAACGGUACAAGAUGAGCCUUCUACAUCUAAUCUUUUUCUCAUAAAAGCAGAAGUUUCCCAGAAAUCCACAUCAGGUUUAUUUACAUCUGUUGGUCACAAUUAUAAAACAAGGUAAUGGGGCCGGCGCUGUCACGUAGCAGGUAAAGCCACUGCCUACAGUGCCGGCAUCCCGUAUGGGUACCAGUUCAAGUCCUGGCUGCUCCACUUCCAAUACAGCUCUGCUAUUGCCUGGGAAAGAAGUGGAAGAUGGCCAAAUCCUUGGGCCCCUGCACCUGCAUGGGAGACCCAGAAAAAGCUCCUGGCUCCUGGCUUCAAAUCAGCACAACUCCAGCCGUUGUGGCCAAUUGGGAAGUGAACCAGCAGAUGGAAGACCUCUCUCUCUCUGCCUCUCCUCUCUCUGUGUAACUCUGACAAAUAAAUAAAUCCUUAAAAAAACAAACACAGUAGCACUUCUAGCUCCCAGAAAAGUGGGGAAGUGGUGGUAGGGCUUUCUUUCCAGUCUCUUGAAAGGAAGGUAUAAAGGAAAAGGGGAUUUGGGAUGACCAUGGGUCAGGUAACCAGUAAUUUUACCACAAGCUAUAAUUAGAGCCUAUGAAAUUUCAUAUUUGAAUCCUUUCUGUUAGUCUUCAUGAAGCUCAUUUUCAAAUGGCAGUCCAAGUUGUUUUUUUUAUCAUGAAGUACUUAAACAUUCCCUCACUGUUGCGUAUGUAAUUUUUCAGUGUUAAUCUAAGCUAGAAAAUGCUGUGGUGACAUUUUCAUGUAAUACAUAACUUUUUUUUUUGAAAUUUUUUACUUUUAUUAAAAGCUCCCACACCUAGAGUUCCAAGUUCCUAAGAGUCCAUCAGUUAAUAAUGUAUUUAAAAAUUUAAUGUUUAAAUUUUUUUUAAGAUUUUAUUUACUUAUUUGGGAGGCAGACUUCCAGAGGGAAAGACAGAGAAAGGGCUCCUAUCCAUUGGUUCACUUCCCAAAUGGCUUCAAAUACUGGAGCUGGGCUGAGCCCAAGCCAGGAGCCAGGAGCUUCUUCUGGGUCUCCCAUGCGAGUUCAGGGACCCAAGCAUUUGGGCCAUCCUUUACUGCUUUUCCAGGACAUAGCAGAGGGCUGGAUCAGAAGAUAAGCAGCUGGGACUCAAACCAGC